ACAAAAAGAUGACGAGAGAAUCCAAAUUAAUUUCCAUCUGAUUUUCUUUCCCCAUCAAACGUUGUUCUCAAAAAUCUCUCUCCUCAGUUGAUUGAAGCCAACGAAUUUAUUUUUGGUUGUUUAUUUUUUAAUUUUGACUCCUUUUGGUCUCCUCAACAGCUUCACACUGACCCUUCUGCCCUCUCUUACUUCACUCUUCUGAUACUUUCUUCAUAUUUACUGGUCCCGACUGCAUAUGGUGUUUUGCUGUAAAAGAUUACGAAAACAGGCGAAAGUUGGGCUUUUUGGAGUUUCAGGGUGAUGGGUUCUGUGAAGGGAGUGGUGAGCUUGCGGCCGCUGGUGGCUCUGUUCUUCAUCUUGACGGCACCGUUCUGUGCUGGACUCACUAACCUGCGGGAUGUAACUGCGUUGAACAACUUGUUUGUCUCACUUGGGUACCCGCCACUGCGAGGGUGGCUUCUGGUUGGAGGAGACCCGUGUGGAGACCUUUGGCAAGGUGUGGAAUGUGUCUUCUCAAACAUCACAGCACUAAACCUUACUAAUGCAAACUUGGGAGGGGAGCUUGGCACCACUUGGGAUUUCCCAUCAAUCGUAUCCAUUGAUCUUAGCAACAACCAUAUUGGUGGGAGCAUCCCGUCCAGCUUGCCUCAUAGUCUCACGCAAUUGUCAUUGGGCAAUAACAGUAUAACUGGAGUCAUUCCCGAUGCAUUUCAACCAUUGUCAACAUUGAUAGAUCUGGAUCUGUCUGAUAACAAUUUGACUGGCCCAUUGCCUCAGUCUUUUGGAGACUUAUCAUCUCUUAACAUACUGCACAUGCAGAACAAUAAACUUACUGGGUUGCUUGAUGUCAUCAAGGAUCUGCCUUUCACUGAUCUGAACAUAGAGAAGAACUUAUUCUCCGGGCCCAUACCUGAAAAGUUACUGACAGUCCCGAACUUCAAGAAAGACGGAAAUCCAUUUAACACAAGCGUGCUCCCAUCACCACCCGCCCCUUCUCCAGUCGUAGCAGAUGGACCUUCUCCAUCUAGAGCUGCGCCACCUUCACCCGCAGCUUUUCCUUGGAAGCAGGCUGGUGGACCAUUUCCAGGGACGCCUGAUUCCCCCAGUUCUGGCGGAAGUAUGAGUUCUAAAAUGGUACUUGUGAUAGCUGGAUUAGGGGCUCUGGCACUAAUCCUUAUUGGUGGGCUGUGUCUUGGUAUGCGGAGAUGCACCAAAGAGGACAAGGCUAGUAAAAGUUCCAAGAGGCAUGAUGGGAGUCCGAUAUACAGCGAGUCCCUGCCGCGGCCUAAUAAUCAUGUGGAGAAAGCUGGUCCAAGAGAGCUAAUUGGGGUCACUAGAUCACGAGACAGGAUCGAUCAUCAGAGAAGCGCCUCAGAUCAUAAACCAGAUCGACUGAAGUUAGACAAAAAUAGAAUGGGCCUUGGUUCAACUGCAAAUCCUCCUCGUCCUUGUCGUCUUGGCCUUCCUGCUGAGAAAGUUACCACCAUCCCACUUGCUUCUGGGGGAUCAACCUCGAGAACACAUCCUGCUGAGAGAGUGGACCCCGCAAAUACUGUAGCUCGUUAUGAUAUCGCGUCCCUUCAGCUUGUCACAAACAGUUUUUCCCAAGUAAAUUUUAUCGGAGAAGGCACGCUUGGCAGUGUUUACCGGGGCGAACUUCCCAACGGAAAGCUAUUGGCAAUCAAAAAGCUAGAGACCGCAGCUUCUUGGCGGCAAAGUGAAGAGGAAUUCCGAGGACUUGUGUCUAGUAUCUCUAUGAUCCAGCACCAAAAUAUUGUAGAGCUAGUGGGAUACUGUUGUGAGCAUGGGCAAAGGCUACUCAUCUACAAUUUCUGCCAAAAUGGGACUCUUCACGAUGCACUGCAUAUUGAUGGACAAAUGCACAGGAAACUUUCAUGGGAACUGCGCAUUCGAAUUGCACUAGGAGCUGCAAGAGCCUUGGAGUACCUGCAUGAGACCUGUCAGCCACCAAUCGUGCACCGGAAUUUCAAGUCUGCAAAUGUCCUCCUAAAUGAUGAGCUUGAAGUUCAGGUCUCUGAUUGUGGGUUGGCACCUCUAUUCAUCUCUUCAAGUCAGUCAUCGGAUCUUUUCCUUGCUGCCAAUGGCUAUGCUGCGCCGGAAGUGGAGUCUGGUGCAUACACAUGGCAGAGUGAUGUCUACAGCUUUGGAGUCGUGAUGUUAGAACUUCUCACUGGGAGGCGGCCUUACGAGAGAGCACGGCCUCGAGGAACACAAUAUUUGGCUAGAUGGGCAAUAUCUUGUCUUCAUGAUAUAGAUGCCUUGUCAAAGAUGGUUGAUCCCUUGUUGAACGGCUUCUAUCCCAUCAAAUCUUUGUCACGUUUCGCCGACAUAAUCUCUAGAUGCAUACAGGGGGAACCAGAGUUUCGGCCGUUAAUGUCUGAGGUCGUCCAGGACCUGAUGCAAGUGGUUUAGAAAGAACAAGUUUGAUAGAUCAAGGUGGAAAUCGGAACUUGAUGAUGCAGAAGUCUCUCGACUUAUCUCUUUAAAAUUGCUUAGAGUUCCAGAGGAACCGAGAGUUUGUCGAACCAAAUUUUCCCAAAAAUCCACAGGUUUGGCAUCAUCCAACAUAUUUGUAUAAAUAUAUAUAUAUAUUUAUCUUAGUAUUCUUAAUGCCCUGAAAUAGAAAACUGAUAACUGGUUUGUAUAAUUAGCUUGUCAUUGUUUCUUGUGAAUAUAUUUGCUCGGGUCAAGAAAUUGUUUUGAUCUGUGUGUGCGUUUCCAUACUUUUUCUUGUUUUGAUUCAUUCUUGUAGGUUUACGUAAUGACAGUUUUCUUAAGUUUAAACUCGAACAUUGCUGUACUGACUUGAUUCA